AUGGCUCUUGCUUCAUCACUUCAUAGAAUGUCAACUAGUUCCGGUUCUUCAUCAUCAUCAAAUACAUUUCUUUUACCUACAACUGAUUUAAUUAUAUCUGAUAAUCAAUUAAUUGAUAUUCUUUUAAAUGAUCAAAAUACAGAAUAUAAAAUUCAAACAGUUAAUCGUUGGUGUAAAAAUACACGACGUAAUCGUUUAUCAACUAUACUUGAUGUUUCACAAAGACAUGAUGUAUUAUUAUCUCUAAUUAAUAUUCUUCAACAAACAACUAAUUUAGAAUAUCAGUAUAAUUGUUUAACACUUUUAUCGGAGAUUCAUAUAAAUAUUCAUCAUUAUGAUCAACGAAUUUAUCUUCCAGCAAUUAUACAAUGUUUUUCAUCUACAUCAAAUGAUGUACAAUCAUUAACCGUACAAUUAUUAACAAAACAAAUACAUUUAACAUCGGAUAUUCGAACAUUUUUAUUUAUUUAUUUACAAGAUGGUUUAAAAUCUUCUAAUAUUCGAAUACGUGUUAUGGCUAUUCAAUCCUUAACCGAACUAUUAAAUACUAUACAUCAAUAUGAAAAUCUUUCUCCAAUAUUCGAAGUUCUUCUACAAAAUUUACAAGAUAAUACAUUUCGUUCAACUUAUAAUACUAUUCUUCUUAAUUCUAUUCAACAUAUUAAACAAAUUAUAGGUUUAGAUUCAAUUCAUACUUAUCUUGAAAAUUAUCUACCAAUAUUAAAACAAACAUAUUUUACAUAUGUACCACAAAUAAAUGAACAAUCUCAAAUUGUUCCUCUUGAUACUGAUUUAGAUGAUGAUGAUGAUAGAACACCAAGAGCAUCUCAAAAUAAUACGAGUCAAUUAGAUAAUUCACAUAAUUUAUUAUCGAAUCGAAAACCUCCAUUACCAAUAACAAAUGAUAAUUUAGAUUUUUAUUCAAUUAUUGAUUCAUUACGUUCAAAUUGGUCAGUAGCUGAUGAAACAAAUCGUUUAAAUUAUCUUGAACAUUUUAAACAAUCAUGUGAAAAGUAUUUACAAAAAAUUCGUACACAAUAUUUAUCACCAUCACAUGAAUUAGAAUUUCAUCAAGUAUUACAUACAUUUCUAACAUCUAUACUUGAUCUUUUAUCUUAUUUAACAUCAUCAAAUCUUGAUAUAUCAAUUAAAAUUAAACUUGUUCUAUCAACAUGUCUUGGUUGGCUUAUUAAACAUGCUCAAGUUAUUUAUUGUAAAAGAAAUUUUAAAACAAUUUGUACAGUUUUUAAAAAUAUUCUUCGUAAUGGACAAUCGAAUAAUCGACAAUUAGCAAAAUUAAGUGUUAGUCUUAUUCUUUUACUUGAAAAUUUUGUUCAACCUCCUCUUAUUCUCAAUGAAUUAAUCGAUGAUAAUUUUGAAUCUUAUAAUUAUCGUAUACAACUUGAAAUGCUUGCUAUUGUUACAGCAACAUUAUUAAAAUAUCGUCAAUAUCAAUAUGAAAAUUUACCAAAAAUUUCUCCUUAUUUUCUUCCAUUAUUAAUAUCUAAUCGUCGUGAAUUACGUCAUGGAGCUAUUGAAUGUUUUACAGUUAUUUGUAGUUAUUAUAAUUCAUAUAAUCCAUUGACAUUAGCAAUAUUCGAAACAAAUCAACCGAUAAAACAUCUUUUAACAUCAAUUGAAAUUUUAUCAAUAGAUGCAUUUAAUGCAUUACGUUUUCGUUUAUUACGUAAUGUACUUCCAUCUUUAACUGGUAAAGGAAAUAUAACACCAGGUUUAGUAUGUGAUUCAAAUACAUUAAAUGAUCCGGAUGCAAAAUUUAUUUUAUUGGUUAAUAAUCCAACACCAACUCCACGAACUACAACAGCACCCAUUAUUGAAUCAUCAUCAUCAUUAACAAAAAUAACACCGACGAAUAAUAAAUUACUUCAAUUAGCUAUGCCUUUUGCAGCAUCAACAACAAAAACAAUUACUAAUGACACAUGA